CUAUACGAAAUACCGUAUCAGUGUUUUUUAUGCGUUGGGUGAAAGGAACGGCAAUCAGAUAGACUGUAGCCUAUCUACAGAACAAUCGGAUACGCUCGGCUAUUUUCCCUGUAAACAAGGUUAGAACCGGAUCAAACCAGUUCAUUGUUAGUGUUCUAGAAGGCAAGCGGCUAAACAAAGGAACAAUGGAAAAAAUCCGCUUUAUUUGAAUUUAUACGUUUAUUUUUGGAACAUUAUUGAUUGGAAAGUGAUAUUUAUUUGUCAAUUUGUGCACGGCAUGGAAUACUAUUGAAAACUAUACUACAAAUUACCAAGUUUUGACAAAUUUACAGUUUUCAGUAAGUGCACCGGACGAUUUCCUUUGUUUCAAAAUGGAGGGAAAACAACAAAGAAUGUCUGUAGCGAUUUUAGGGCAUAGUUUCAUCCGUAGAAUACAUGAGAGCUUUCGGCAUCAUUCCCUGCCUGCCAACUACGACCUGACAGAAUGCGAGGUGAUACAUAUGGGCCUAGGUGGGCUGUGCGUUUGCGGAAAUAACCAGAGACACGUAAGCACUGACAAGUUUAAGCGACGAUUUGACAAUUUCCUUACAAUUCACAAGCCACAAGUUGUUGUAAUUCAGCUCGGUGAGAACGACAUUGAUUGUGGGAUCGGCACAAACUCCGGGAUAUUGCCAUUAACUGUGGCGAGUACAUUAGAGGAGAUUGGCAUCCUGCUCUUGAAGGACUACAGUGUAAAGAAGGUUGUUAUAUGUGAAUUGUUCACACGUUUGAGGCCUCGGAAUGUAAGCGUAGAGGAAUACGAGGCAAAACGACGUCACGCAAACUCAAUUCUAAAGACAUUACUGGAAUCUCAUCCAUCUAUUACAUUCUGGAGUCACAGACGUCUCUUCGGUGCUCAGACACAGAUAUUUGCAGCAGACGGGGUCCACCUUACCCAAUUUGGUCAAUAUCGCUUCUACAGGUCGUUGCGGCAUGCAGUUAUGAGAGCUGUGAAGAAUUCUACAUAAAGUAUUCUAGGGGAGUAUAUUUUUAAUAUAUCUGCUUUUCACUACUCCAAUAUGUAAUGAAAUCAAAGUCAAUGCUGAUCGCAAAUGUCCAGAAUGUUGGUUAUUGGUCACUAAAAGCAGUAUACGAUAAUACGAUCGAAAUAAGCAUUUAUAUUACAUAAUUGAUGAAUCAGAUAAUUCCAUUGUAACUAAAAACUGAUUUCGAACUAGGUGUACAUUUAAUACAGUUUUUAUUUGAUAUGUUGCUACAUAUGUAGCCAGUGUCAGCUAAUAUAGUAUACCCAGUGUUUGUGACUGCUAGCCUUUAAAUGCGGUCAGGUGUAUUGUUUUCAUGUAGAUUGUAUGGUUGUUUUUACUAUAAUUAUAUUUGAUAUACCUCGCUUUAUGCAGCCAGUCGGCUGCAUACAGGUCUGUUUGUAAUGUGAAUGUGAUUGGGCUCUCUUUUUUGUUUUAACAUACCCCCACUGUCUGCGAGCCAUUAGGCUUUAUCGCGGUCACAUUUUGGUGAAUUGUGGUGGGUUUUUAAGGUUUAUUACCACUGUCUGCGAGCCAUUUGCUUUAAACGCGGUCAAAUUAUUUGUGUGAAUUGUGGUUGUUUGUAUUUGUCAUACCUCCCACUGUCUGCGAGCCUGUGGGCUUUAACGCGGUCACAUUUGAUCGAGCGUGCCUGUCACGUUUAAUUGAAUGUGAAUUGUGGACGUUUUAUUUAACUAAUUUGUGUGUAGUAUAUCCCACUGUCUGCGAGCCAGUAGGCUUUAACGCGGUCACAUUUGGUUGAGUGUGCUUGUCGCAUUUUAUUGAAUGUGAAUUGUGGAUGGAUUUAUUGAGCUAAUUUGUGUAGUAUAUCCCACUGUCUGCGAGCCUGUAGGCUUUAGCGCGGUCACAUUUGGUUAAAUGUGCGUGUCACAUUUGAUUGGAUGUGAAUUGUGGAUGGAUUUAUUUUAACACAUUUAGGUGCACUGUAACUUACUUGUUUAUACAUCAAUUCCAUGGUAUGAUAAUAUUAUGGCUUAACUUUGCUAUAUAAAUUUAAGUCAUUGCGAGAUAAAUCAUGUCAAGAGUGUGGUUCAGGGAUAGUCAGUUAUAAAAAAGGGGCGAACUUGCUAACGUUUGCUUCGAACUCAUUUCAGCUCCAACAUGCCUCCGAAGAAACGGAAGAACAGCGAUGUUCCACCGACAAUUACCAAGAAAAGGGCGAAAACAACGGCCUCACAUACCGCCACAACCAGUGUAAACACGAAUGACCCUGCCAUUUUGGCAAUAACUGAAAAUACCCGAAAUAGGGCAGCAAGAAGACCGGUUUUAAACACGCCUGGACUGUCCGGGAACCAAUCCCAGGCUGUAAAUGAGGGCGAUUCUCAUUUAACAAGCCAAAUCAUCGGCAACCAAUCCCAGCCUGGUGUCGAUGUACACACACAAAUGACAAGACAGAUAGUGGACAAUAUUUCCAGUACACUGGAGAGCUUAGUGGAGCGGAAGAUCUCUGAAAUUUUGGGAAAAAACAUGCCCCAGACAUCCACUCCAAUGACUGAUCAAGAACAGCAUCUGAAUGAUCGUGGGAUUCAAUCAAUCCAACAUGAGGGACACUGGAACAAUCUUCCAAACUACAACAUUGUGCAAACAGAACAUAGCACUUUCACAGAUUCAACGGUUCAAAGCGUUAGCGCCCUUCUGCAACCCACAUCCUACAGUCAUAGCUCCACAUCUCAAGCCAGAGGUAUUGUGCAAGGGUUUGAACAUUUGCUAAAUGCUUCUCUUGCACCUUCAACUAUGGAGACAUACAAGCGCGGUUGGCGGCUAUUUCAUGAGUUUUGUCAAGUUUUUUCCAUUUCUACUAUCUCUUUGCCCCUUUCUGUCACGACUCUUGCCCUGUUUGUGGCUUUCCUUCACCAAAAACCUAUGUCCGUGAAAUCCAUUACCACUUACCUUUCAGGCAUAAGCUAUGCACAUAAGCUGCAAAAUGUGACAGACCCCACUUGUCAUUUCCUGAUAUCGUCCUUAAUUAAAGGUGCGCAACGCUUGUCACCAUCUUACGACUUGCGCUUACCUAUCACUAUUGAUCUUUUAGAUAAAUUAAUAUUUGCUCUAAAGCAUACUUGCGAAACUCACUACCAUGAAAAACUAUUUGCUGCCAUGUUUCUAUUUGCAUUUCAUGCUUUUGCUCGUUGCAGCGAGAUUGCAAGCUGCAAGCCAUCUACAAAGUCUUUCAUUUUACAGUUAGCGGACAUUCAGUUUGAUUCCAUUACAGCACCUUCUUCAGUAUCGGUUACUUACCACAGGUUUAAGCAUAAUAAUGGCAAACCACACACAAUCAACUUUUCACAUGGCCAUACAAAACAAUCUGCAGUUCAUGCCCUGAAGGACUACAUAUCAGUUCGUGGUCAAUAUCCGGGGCCUAUUUUUACUUUAACUUCUGGUUUACCUGUCCCUAGGAGAAUUUUUGAUAAACAGCUAUCAUCGUGUUUAAGAUUUUGUGGCUUGGACAGCAAACGGUACAAAUCACACAGCUUUCGUAUAGGUAAAGCUACUGACUGUGCUCAAAGAGGGUACUCAGAUGCUAAGAUAAGACAUUUAGGUCGUUGGCAUAGUAACGCUUUCCAGAAGUACAUCAGAAUUACAGAUAAUUGACCAGUCUUAUCCCGCAGACAAAGAGCAUUGCAUAAUAUACCUUGAUGAUAACAGCACUCUCUAUCAAGCAACCUGCUUGGGCUGGUUGCUUUGAACAGACGUGCCAUCUGACAUUAAUUAAAACCUUAACAAUUGAGAUUAGCCUUGUCCUGGUACAAAAAUCCCAGAUUUACCAGUUACCUGUAUAUAUGUAUAUAUAUAUAUCAUGUACCAUUUUUACUUGUGGCAUUUCUAUAACUUUGUUGUGUUUUUUCCAAUAUGAAUGUCAUUGUAUGUGUUAAGUACUGUGAAAGAUACUCACUCUUUGUAUCGGAAACAUUUUCGUUGCCUGCUUGGGCUGUCAACGACAACAAUUUUCCAACUGCUAUUUUUCUUCACGCGCUAUAUGUUUGCCAAUACUUCGUAAUUACAAUCUAUUCGAUACCUGCCUGGGCUGGCUAUCGAAAAACAACUAAGUCGUAUAUUUUUUCACAUUCUAGAUGUGUUCAACUACAUUGUAUCGAAUUGAGCAAACAAUUCAUUGUAUAUACAUUUUGUUGUUUCCAUCAUUUUCAUUUAAUGCGCCACUGUAAUGUAGCGUCCUAUAUUUGUUUGUUUGCUUGUAUCAAAGUUUCUACUUUAUCAAGCCAAUGUGUACUGAUAAUUACACAUAUAUAUGGUUAGUGUAGAAUUUGUUAAUUUAUUGACGUUACUGACAUUAUUUACUUUGUCUUGCUUUAAAUAGUCUUUGAUGCAUUUCCACGUUACAUGUUUUAUUCUAGUCAGAAUAUUUUGUGAUUCUGUUGAAAAAUGUGUUAUUUCUUACAUACUUGUUAUACUUGAGCCAUUCAGUUCCCAUUUUGUUCACAAGAUGCCAAAGUAUGAGUUUAUUAUUGUAUUCCUACAUGUAAGUCGUGCCAGACAGGUGGGACCUCUACAUUACCGUUUUAAAAUGUGGGGGAAGAUAGCAAGCUAUCUUUUUGGCCAUUUUCUAAAGAAACCUCCACAUUUUACCAAAUUACAUUAUUGUUUGAUCUCCUUUUGUCAUACGUUAUUUAUAUUGGUGUAUAUAUUGUUAUAUGUUUUGGAACUUUUGUUACAUAUUAAAAACGGUCAGUCAAUGACCAUUUAACCACAGCGUAUGUUUUGUGUGUUACUUCCACCCAGUUGCAUAAGGACAAACUAUACGAAAUACCGUAUCAGUGUUUUUUAUGCGUUGGGUGAAAGGAACGGCAAUCAGAUAGACUGUAGCCUAUCUACAGAACAAUCGGAUACGCUCGGCUAUUUUCCCUGUAAACAAGGUUAGAACCGGAUCAAACCAGUUCAUUGUUAGUGUUCUAGAAGGCAAGCGGCUAAACAAAGGAACAAUGGAAAAAAUCCGCUUUACCCACCACCUCCCCAAUCUCCUCACAAAGCGGCACAUGCAUGCAGGAAAUAAAUUGUUUUAUUUUAACGAGUAUAUUUUGCAACAACUUUUUGUAUGUUGGGCUUCUAAUUGACUGAAAUAAUAACAUUGUUUCUCCAUUAUUUUUAUGCUAUGUUAUGGCAACCUCCACAAUCUCCUCACAAAGCGGCACAUGCAUGCAGGAAAUAAAUUGUUUUAUUUUAACAAGUAUAUUUUGCAAUAACGUUUUGUAUGUUGCGCUUCUAAUUGACUGAAAUAAUAACACUGUUUCGCUAUGAUUUUUAUGCUAUGUUAUGACAAGUGAGUUGCUAUGGUGCCAUUUCUAAGGAAACGUAUUGUAUCUUUUACUGCCAUUGUCAAAAGAAGCCUUACAGAGCACGCCAUUGAGGUCUUUUCUAAAGAAAUCCAUGUACUUUACAUAUCUAAUGAAUGCCAUUUUCUAAAGAAACCUCCACAUUUUACCAAAUUACAUUAUUGUUUGAUCUCCUUUUGUCAGGCCAUUUUCUAAAGAAACCUCCACAUUUUACCAAAUUACAUUAUUGUUUGAUCUCCUUUUGUCAUACGUUAUUUAUAUUGGUGUAUAUAUUGUUAUAUGUUUUGGAACUUUUGUUACAUAUUAAAAACGGUCAGUCAAUGACCAUUUAACCACAG